UUGAAGUGAGUUUGAGUGUAAUAAUUUAUUGCUUGAGAAAAAAAAAAUGAGUCUACAUUUUCUUCGUAGCACUCACAAGGGGAAGGAAGCUGAAGCUUGGAAAUCCGUUGAGAAGAACUUCACCAAGCAUGCAGUUGAUGGCAGACUCUAUAGGGAGCAUUUUGGACCCUGCAUUGGAAUGGGAGAAGAGUCGGAAGGUUUUGCAGAAGGAUUGUAUGAUGCUUUGGCCAGGCGUUGGAUCAUAUCAGCAGUUGACGGUAUUACUUUGGAGGACCUCAAGAAGUUUUGGGACGACAUCACUAGUGAAGACCUUGAACAUCGUCUGCAGAUAUUCUUUGACAUGUGUGACAAGAAUGGAGAUGGGCAGCUCUCAGAGGAAGAGGUCAAGAGGGCUAUAUAUCUGAGUGCCUCGGCGAACAAGUUGGCCAAUCUUAAAAAGCAAGCAGCUUCACAUGCAGCUCUGAUCAUGGAAAAGCUUGAUCCUGAUGGUCUUGGUUAUAUAAAGAUGUCACAGUUAGCAGCUCUACUGAGGGGAAUGGUUGACUCUGAAGAAAAAACCAAGACUCCUAGGAAACAAAGAACACGUUUGGCCAUGUUCUUCUCCACAUCUCAGAAUCUCAUCCAUGAAAAUUGGAAGAGAAUAUGGAUUAUAACUCUUUGGCUGUCCAUUAACUUAGGCCUGUUUCUUUGGAAGUACUAUCAAUAUAAGAACAAAGGGGCUUACCAAAUCAUGGGUCCAUGCCUUUGCUUUGCAAAGGGCUCCGCCGAGACUCUCAAGCUUAACAUGGCCCUCAUUCUCUUCCCAGUUUGUAGGAGAACUCUCACGAAACUCAGAUCAUCAUUUCUCAGCAACAUAAUCCCUUUUGAUGACAACUUGGAAUUUCACAAGUUAAUAGCCAUUGGAAUAGUGACUGGGGUUCUUGUGCAUGUUCUGAUGCACCUUACUUGUGACAUUCCUAAAUUGGUUUCAGCCCCAAAAGAAAAGUUCAUGAGCAUUUUGGGGUCAAGUUUUGACUACAAGCAGCCGAGUUACCUGGACCUGCUAGGAAGCGUUGCCGGCAUAACCGGGGUUCUGAUGGUUGUUAUAAUGGCCUUUGUCUUCACUCUGGCACUUCAGUCGUUUAGGAAAAGUGCCAUCAAGUUGCCAAAGCCUUUCCACCAUUUGGCGGGCUUCAAUUCCUUUUGGUAUGCACAUCAUUUGCUGAUCUUGGUGUAUAUUCUCCUUCUCUUACAUGGCACCUUUCUGCUUCUCACUGACGACUGGACCAAGAAAACGACCUGGAUGUACAUCGCUGUCCCUGUCUUGAUCUAUGCAGCUGAAAGGAUUUAUUCACACUUUAAUGAAGGCGACGAUCCGGUUGUUAUUAGAAAGGCUGUAGUAUACAAAGGGAAGGGUUCAGCAGUAGCACUGUACAUGAGCAAACCUCCAGGAUUCAAAUACGAAAGUGGAAUGUACCUUUUUGUCAAAUGUCUAAAUAUAUCUAGUUUUGAAUGGCAUCCCUUCUCCAUCACUUCUGCGCCCGGAGAUGAUUACUUGAGUGUCCACAUAAAAUCCUUAGGGGAUUGGACUAGAAAGCUCAGAGAAAUAUUUGAGAAGGCAUUGGAGCAGGAAAAUAUGCAAACAAAGAGAGGAAACCUCGUUCGGUUGGAAACCAAAGCCUUUUCCAAAUACGAACAACAAAAAGCAGGUUAUCCAGAAAUUCGCAUCAAGGGACCAUUCGGAGCGCCAUCACAGGAUUUCAACAAGUAUGACAUCCUCUUGCUCGUAGGUCUCGGAAUUGGAGCAACUCCAUUUGUCAGCAUUAUAAAAGAUGUUCUAAACAACAUAAAAGCAAAUGACCCUGAAUCUGGCUUAAAGGGCAGUCAGUCAUCAGAAGAAUCAAACAAAAUAGGUCCUAAAAGAGUAUACUUCUAUUGGGUGACAAAGGAACAAGAAUCCUUUGAAUGGUUCAAAGGAGUCAUGGAUGACAUAGCGGAGCACGAUCACGAUCAUAUAAUAGAAAUGCACAACCACUUGACUUGUGUACAUGAAGAAGGAGAUGCAAGAUCUGCCCUUGUUGCCAUGAUCCAAAAGCUACAACAAGAGAAGAAUGGUCUUGAUGUUGUCUCAGAAAGCCGGAUAAGAACACAUUUUGCAAGACCGGAUUGGCCUAGAGUGUUUGGUCAAAUAGCAACUACUCAUGAAUCUUCUCAAAUAGGUGUAUUCUACUGUGGAACGCCUGUAGUGGCCAAACAACUGAAGAAGCUCAGCCAAGAAUUUAGCUCAGAUUCAACUCACUUCCACUUCCACAAGGAGAACUUCUAGACUUAUCCCAUCCUUGGGAACUUGUGUAAAAAAAAAUAAAAAAAUCCCAAGUUUAAAUAUUUAAAGUCUGCACUUCUUUUCCCUGUGAUAUAUAACCGCACAAUAUUCAUAAAGUGACGCGUACAUGUAGAAGUGUAAAAAUACGAGUCUAAAUAAGAAAUUUGAAAGUGUUCCAUA